UGCUGUGAAUGUAAUCAAGGAGAUAAACUGAUUACACACCAGAAUUGUAAUCAAGUAGGUAGAGCUAAUACUAGAGACACAAAGCAUGACUAUCAUCAAUGUGGUAAAACCUUUGCAUGUUCCAGUUAUCUUCAAAUACAUGAAAGAAUUCAUACUGCAGAGAAACCCUAUAAGUGUAAUCAAUGUGGUAGAGCCUUUACAUGUCACAGCACUCUUCAAAUGCACGAAAGAAUUCAUACCGGAGAGAAACCCUAUAAAUGUAAUCAAUGUGGUAAAACCUUUGCAUGUAAGAGGUAUCUCCAAGUACAUGAAAGAAUUCAUACUGGAGAGAAACCCUAUAAAUGUAGUCAGUGUGGUAAAGCCUUUGCAUGUAAUAGUUAUCUUCAAAUCCAUGAAAGAAUUCAUACUGGAGAGAAACCCUAUAAAUGUAGUCAGUGUGGUAAAGCCUUUGCAUGUAACAGCAAUCUUCAAAAGCAUGAAAGAAUUCAUACUGGAGAAAAACGGUAUAAAUGUAAACAAUGUGGUAAAGCCUUUGCAUAUAGCAGUAACCUUCAAAAGCAUGAAAGAACUCAUACUGGAGAGAAACCCUAUGAAUGUAGUCAGUGUGGUAAAGCCUUUACAUGUCACAGUACUCUUCAAAUCCAUGAAAGAAUCCAUACUGGAGAGAAACCCUAUAAAUGUAAUCAAUGUGGUAAAGCCUUUGCACGUAAAAGGUAUCUUCAUAUUCAUGAAAGAAUACAUACUGGAGAGAAACCCUAUGAAUGUAAUCAAUGUGGUAAAGCCUUUGCACAUAGCAGUAGUCUUCAAAAGCAUGAAAGAACUCACACUGGAGAGAAACUCUUUGAAUAUAAUCAAUGUGGUAUAACCUUUGCAUGUCUUAGUACUUUUCAAAAGCAUGAAAGAACUCACACUGACAAAAAUAUCCCCCAGCCAUU